CCCUGGAGUCACAGACAGUUGUGAGCUCCCAUCGGUUUGUGGGCUGGGAACCUGGGUCCUCUAUGAGAACAGCAAGUACCCUCAACCUCUGAGCUGUCUCUAGAGCUCUAGUGAUGGAUUAAAAAGAAGAGUUGGGUGAGUAUAGAACAUGGCUGACACACCCUUAGGGUGUCAGAGCUGUCAGUGUAGAGAGCAAGAGUUCAGACAGAUCCAAAACAGGUGGGAUCUAGCCAGAGCUGGUCUCACACAGGUGAUGGGAAGAAAAGGGCAGGUAAGGUGCAGGAAAGGAUUCUUUUUUUUUUUUUUAAAGAUUUGUUUGUUUAUUUAUUUAUUUAUUUAUUUAGUAAGUACACUGUAGCUGUCUUCAGACACUCCAGAAGAGGGUGUCAGAUCUCCUUACAGAUGGUUUUGAGCUGGGAUUUGAACUCAGGACCUUUGGAAAAGCAGUCAGUGCUCUUAACCGCUGAGUCAUCUCACCAGUCCAUGCAGGAAAGGAUUCUAUACCAGUUCCUCACUGCAGGUACUGAAAUCAAAGAAUGCUUGAGUUUCUCAGAAUGUUGUAGUUGCCAGAGUGAUGGCACACACCUUUAAUCUCAGCACUGGGGAGGCAGAAGUAGGUGGAUCUUCGUGAGUUUGAGACCAGCUUGGUCCAUAUUGUGUGUUCUAAGCCAGCCAGUGCCACAGAGUGAGACCCUGCCUUAAGGAGAAAAUGUGUAAUGUUUGUAUGCUCUCUAUCUACUUACAGCUUUCUGUCCUUUAAAUCAUCUCGUUACUUAUCACACCUAAUACAUUGUGACAAGUAGAUUCUCCUGUAGGGAGCCAGUGGCAAGAAGGGGAUCCGGAAGCCUGAAUUUCUGGGGAUGAAAAUUCACAUAAGAUGAUGUCAGACGAACUCACAGUGCUGGAGCCCUCUGCCUCUGAGUCUCGGGAAUUUCAUGAAGACAGAUUGGCGCAGCUGUUGGGGAACCCAGACAAGCAGAGCUUGGAGAGUCCCUCCUCUCAGGACGGGGGCUUCACUCAGAUGACAGUGACCCACUGGAAGAUUCAAACAGGAGACACAGCCCAAACGUGCAGUAAGUCAGGAAGAAACCCCAUUCUCAAUUCAAACCUUCUUAUACUUCAGAGAGAACUCAUAGAUGCGGAGGCCCGUUCCUGUGGUGGUGGUGGCAAAGGCUUCCCAUUUAAUUCAGAUGUAGUUCCGCAUCAGAUCUCGCACACGGGGGAGAAGCCUUACAAAUGUGAUCAUUGUGGGAAAGGCUUCAGUCAGACCUCCCUCCUCACUGAACACCAGAGAGUCCACACUGGGGACAGACUCUGUGUGUGCCACGUGUGCGGGAAAGACUUCGUUCACUACGCAAGCCUGAGGGAGCAUCAGCAUGUCCAUACUGGGGAAAAGCCGUUCAAGUGUGCACAGUGUGGAAAAGCAUUUUGUCACAGUUCAGACCUGCUUCGACACCAGAGGGUUCAUACCAGGGAGAGGCCUUUUGAAUGCAAAGAGUGUGGGAAGGGUUUCAGUCAGAGCUCCUUACUCAUUCGCCACCAAAGAAUUCACACAGGAGAAAGGCCCUAUGAGUGUAACGAGUGUGGGAAAUCCUUCAUUCGGAGUUCAAGCCUUAUCCGCCAUUACCAGAUCCACACAGAAGUUAAACAGUAUGAGUGCAGAGACUGCGGCAAAGCCUUCCGACACCGCUCGGACCUCAUCGAGCACCAGAGGAUUCACACUGGAGAGCGGCCCUUCGAGUGUCAGGAGUGUGGGAAGGCCUUUAUUCGGAGCUCGAAACUCAUUCAGCACCAGCGGAUUCACACGGGAGAGCGGCCUUACGUGUGCAACGAGUGUGGGAAGCGUUUCAGUCAGACAUCCAACUUCACCCAGCACCAGCGAAUCCACAGUGGAGAAAAACUCUAUGAGUGUAACGAAUGUGGGAAGGCGUUCUUUCUGAGCUCAUACCUCAUACGACACCAGAAGAUCCACACUGGUGAACGGGUGUAUGAGUGUAAGGAGUGUGGGAAGGCUUUCCUGCAGAAGGCCCACCUCACUGAGCAUCAGAAGAUCCACACUGGAGACAGACCCUUUGAGUGCAAAGACUGUGGGAAAGCCUUCAUCCAGAGUUCUAAGCUAUUGCUGCAUCAGAUUGUUCAUACCGGGGAGAAGCCCUAUGUGUGCAGUUACUGCGGGAAAGGCUUUAUUCAGAGAUCCAACUUCCUUCAGCACCAGAAGAUGCACACGGAAGAGAAGCGCUACACGUAUAGCCAACUUGGGAAAGAUCUUACCCCACCCCCAGAUCUUGUCCACCAGGAGGAUCUUUCCCUGAGUGAGACCUCCGUUCAUUUAGGAGAGAGGUCUACAGAUCGGGAGUGUUGUGGAAAUAAUUUAUAAGACAGUCACUCUGAGUCGGAUGGUGCUUCUAAACAGGCAUCCUUAGUACAUAUAUGGCUUAGAAGAUGCGGAUUGUCACAGUUUUUCAAGUCAUUGAUAGGCUGUUACUGGUCUGUUGUCUGUCACCAAGGCAGGCAAGCCAAAGGACUAGACAGCUGAUCUUGAGCUGUUCACUGAGGGAGAACCUCUAGAGAAUUUUCUAGAUUUUAUUUGAAGUUACAACACACUCUCAAGUACUUUCAAAGAAGAACUGUAUUGUUACUUGAGAAAUGGUUCCCUGUCUGAAAGGUUAGAGAAAGGGGCUUUUCUCAUGCAAAACUGCAAGUCGGUUCCCUGUUGUCUGGGACUCAUCUCUGGCCUUUGCUUCCUCAACUGUUUGAUGCCUGGUAAUGCAGUUGAUGCGAUUGCCACCGCAUCCUCCAGGCUGCUCCCACUCCUGUCCCAGUGUCUCCCAGUCGCUCCUGGUCAUUGUGUAUCAUUUCUCAGGCGUCAUGGCCAAAAGUGCUUCCCUGGUACUGAGCUGGGUUUGUGUCUUGUGCUUCUGUCGCUCAGUGUUCACCACUGCUACUGUACUUGCUAUUAAAUACCACAAUCAUGAACCUUCUCUUUCCUGUUUUGCUGUUUCCCCGAGGACACUAAGGAUGUAUCAUUGGCUCCUAUGUCCCUAGUGUCUCGCACAUGACAAUAAACAAAACAAAAAUCCCAA